AUGGCAAAAAAGGCCCCCUCUGGCCCAGCGCCGCCGGUGCUUCGCAAAUUAGGAAUCAACGAGACAUACCAAUUGGCCAUGUACCAACUGGACCAGUACCGCGGCACGACCGUCUCUUGUCGCUAUGAAAUACCACCUCAUCUUGCAGCGGCAGAGUCACGGGCCCAAUUGGAGGAGGCCGUCAAGGUCGCAGUCGUGGAUAUUAUCAUGAGACAUCCGAUGCUGCAAGUUGGCAUGGUGAACGCAACUUCCAAGACUCCCUCAUGGGUCCAGCUACCGAGCCUCGACUUGACGCAACAUAUCAAAUGGCUGUAUCUCCCAGAGCAUGAAGACUUUGAGAACAAGGUGCAAGAAAUCUUCUGCGCUCAGCUCGACGACCGUUUCCCCGACGUUGCCAUCCGACAGCCCGACUGGACGCUUGCUAUCAUUCGGCAAGGGAAUGCGCCCGUCAUGGAGGUUUUACUCACUUGGAACCAUCCCCAGUUCGACGCCAUGGGCGCCAAGGUGAUUCACGAGGACUUGCUCGAGAGACUCAAUGCGCUCAACAAAGGGUCUCGCGAACGGCCAGGCUUGGACGGCGAUGUCCUGACACUACCUCCAACGGCCCCCUUGCUCCCCACACCACUCGAGGGCUUGAAACGCCUCCCGGUGGAUUUGAAAUACCUGCUCAAAGCAUUCUGGGAGGAAACCCGGCCCGGGUUCCUAAAUCGCGACAUAUCCUGGGCGGUCUGGUGCCCGGUCCGCCCAUCCCCAUACAAGACCCAGUUCCGGACGUUCUUCAUCGACAACGCCUCUCUGCUUGCGAUCCAAGCUCUCUGCCGACAGAACCAAACCACCAUCACCGGACUUAUAAACGGAUUAGCGCUUAUUGCCUUCUCAUCCCGCCUCGACGCCGCGGCCGCCCCGGCCUUCCAAAGCUCCACCGUCGUGGAUCACCGCCGGAAUCUGCCUCCAGCCCCCCAGCCGGACGCUCCGUGGGGCCGAUCCGACAGAGCAGUGAGCAACUACGUGACGCAAUGCCUGCACAAAUGGGACACAGCACUCGUGGCGCGGGUUCGCUCCAAACUACCAGUACCAGUACCAGUACCAGCUGGUGAUGAGGAUGCCAGUCAGGAGGAGGGGCUCGGAAGAGAUCUAUCCGCCGACCUGCAGCGCGAACUCUGGGAUCUGUCGGCACAGAAUCGGCGGGAGAUAGUGGAUAGGCUAGAAGCCGGGCUGCGGAACGAUGUGGUCGGGCUGUUCCAGUAUGUGACGGACUGGAAACAGACUAUGAAGGGCAUGGCGAAUAGGACGCGCCAGUUCUCGUGGCUGGUGACCAACAUUGGCGUGCUGGACGGCGGCAAUGCAUCAACGACAACAACAACAGCGGGAGGUGGUGGUGAUGGUCAGAAGUGGUCGAUCGGCCGAGCGCAGUUUGGACUCAGCACCGAGGUCCCCGCUGCAGCCAUCGAGUUUUCCCCUGUUAGCGUUGCCGGCCGGGGAAUGUCUGUUAGCGCCAGCUGGGCGGAUGUCGCGGUGGAUGUGGCAAUGGGAGAGGGCAUCAUGGCUGAUCUGGAAAGGUGGCUCGGUCAACUUGCGAGGUGA